CAUCGCCGCAGCUGUUCCGCCGCGCGGAGACAAAUCCGCAGCUUUACAGCUGGUUCAUGCAACAGGGGGAAAGUCAAGAAAAGCAGUAACAACAAAGUUGCUGGACCUGCUUGGGGGUUCAUCGGUGAAAUGCCGCAUCUACGUUUUGGUUUUUGGACACAUAUCGGGGGAGAAAUUUGAAGCCGGCGGCGCCGCCUGGGUGGAAACGUGGAUGUGCUCGAGCGAGGACGGCGCUCCUAUGAGAAGUCCGAUUCAACUUUCAGGAAAAGUGCCGCUGAAAUGCCUUUAGUGACCUUCAUAGGGAAUAUUAUCCACAUCCAGGCUGAGUUUUCUACACAUUUGGAUUAGUUUUGUCUCCUGACCUUUUGGUAUCAGAAGUGGAGAUACAAACCCAAGCCGCUGUUUGCCAAGAGGCCUGGAUGUGCAUCACCUAAUUUCACCUGGAUUAAUAAUCAACCACCAUGGCGUCACAUGGAGACGCAGCGGAGGGCGGAGCCAACGAAGAGUUCAGUGAUAUUAUAAAGUGGAGAUCUGAUGAGCACGAUGCGGUGCAGAAGAAAACCUUCACAAAGUGGAUUAACGCACAGUUUUCCAAGACGGGGAAAACGUCCAUCAUAGAUAUGUAUUCUGACCUGAGAGAUGGAACCAAACUGCUGGACCUCCUGGAGGGUCUCACAAACACAGUGCAGACCAAAGAGCGCGGUGCCACCAGAGUGCACGCCCUCAACAAUGUCAACAAAGUGCUUCAAGUGCUGCAUCAAAAUCAUGUGGAUCUGGUAAACAUAGGAGGCACAGACAUCGUAGAUGGGAACCACAAGCUGACACUGGGACUCAUCUGGAGCAUUAUCCUUCACUGGCAGGUGAAAGACAUCAUGAAGGACAUCAUGUCCCAUCUGCAGCAGAACAACAGUGAGAAGAUCCUCCUGAGCUGGGUGCGACAGUGCACGCGCUCAUACCCUGAAGUCAAUGUGCUAAAUUUCACAACAAGUUGGUCUGACGGCCUGGCAUUUAACGGCAUCCUGCAUCACUUCAGGCCAGAAUCCUUCAGCUGGGAUCAGGUUGUCAGGCUGAGCCCGAUGGAAAGACUCAACCACGCUUUCACUGUAGCCAAAGACCAGCUCGGAAUCGAACGCCUGCUGGAUCCUGAAGAUGUGGCGGUGCAGCUACCAGACAAGAAGUCCAUCAUCAUGUAUGUGACGUCACUUUUCGCCGUGCUGCCCAAAGAUGUGAGCAUGGAUGCCAUAAGAGAGGUGGAGACCUUACCCCGUAAAUUUAAAAUCGAAGACGCUGUUCCAGGACUCAGCGUGCAGCAGAAUGUCCAGACGGAAGACGGCAGCAGCAGUCCACGCCCUGAGACCCCCGGGACCGAGACGGAGGGAGACGUGGAGGUCGGCCUCCUGGACGUGGACCUGGACAGCUAUCAGACGACGCUGGAAGAGGUCUUGACUUGGCUGCUGUCAGCUGAAGACACACUACAGAUUCAGGAGGAGGUUUCUAACGAUGUGGAGGACGUGAAGGAGCAGUUUCACACCCACGAGGCCUUCAUGAUGGAGCUGACGGCUCAUCAGAGCAGCGUGGGAAACGUGCUGCAGGCGGGGAACCAGCUGAUCGCUCAGGGCAGCCUGACAGAAGAGGAAGAGGAGGAGAUCCGGGAGCAGAUGAGCCUCCUGAACUCUCGCUGGGAGAAUCUCCGGGUGGCCAGCAUGGACCGACAGGCCCGGCUCCACGAGGUCCUGAUGGAUCUCCAGCAGCAGCAGCUGCAGCAGCUCUCCGAUUGGCUGACGCAGACGGAGAAGCGAAUCAAGAGGAUUGAGACCGAGCCGGCGGCUGAAAACAUGGAGGCCUACAAGGAGAUGAUCGAAGAGCAUAAAGAACUCCAGAAUGAUCUGGAGGUGGAGCAGGUGAAGGUCAACUCGCUCACGCACAUGGUGGUUGUUGUGGAUGAGAAUAGCGGCGAGAGCACCACCGCUGCCCUGGAGGAGCAAUUACAGUCAUUGGGUGAACGCUGGGCAGCUGUGUGUCGCUGGACGGAGGAAAAGUGGCAGAAACUGCAGGAAGUUUUUCUGGUUUGGCAGCAGCUCCUGUCAGAUCAGGAUUUGUUUAGAGAGUGGUUGGCAGAAAAAGAGGAAUCCUUAAAUGAAGUUCAGACCAGAAACUUCAAGGACUCCUCGGAAAUGAAUAGUAAUGUGCGACAGCUAGCGAUAUUAAAGGAAGACAUGGAGAAGAAGAGGAGGACUUUGGAUAAGCUAUCCGACGCAGGACGGGAUGUGAUUCAACUGCUGCAAAAUCAAACGGCAGGAGCCAGGAUCGAGGGGGACACGGAGGAGCUGACCCACAGAUGGGACAACCUGGUGCAGAAGCUUCAGGAUUGCUCCUUCCAGGUGAUGGAGUCCGUAUCGGAUGCUGGGAUCACUCCGACGGACGUUGCCAUGGAAACGGUUGCUUCACCUGUCGACGAGGACUUGGACCCACCCGCUCCGCCCAAGAAACGUCUGGUGGAGACGAAUGCGGAUAUUUUACAGAGGUUUGAGGGGAAAACGUCCGACUUGUUGAGCUGGAUUAGAGCGCGCAAGACGUCCAGCCAAACUCUAGCUGCUACACCAACUGAAACGUCACCCGACCUGACAGAGAAUCUUAAGGAUUUGGAGCAGGAGAUCUCAGCUAAGGAAGCCACAGUUCAAGACGUGGUUCAGGAGGGGCGUGGCCUGAUGGAGCAGCUGGAAAGAGAGGCUGAAAACAUGGAAUCUGUGAGGACAAACGUCGACCUGAUCCUAACGGAGUGGGACUCCUGCAAACGGGAGGUCCGGGCUGCCCGUGAGCGGGUUCUUACUCAGUCCCGGGUCAGAGCGGCGGCCGAGGAGCUCGCAGAGGUGGACCGGCUCGUGGAGGAGCACGACAGGUGGCUGGAGCGUUCGGCCGCUGUGGAAAAGUGCAGCGAGGUCGAGCUCGCAAAUCUGAGCGGAGAAUGCCGGUCCCGCCUUGCUCGGAUGGAUUCCUUCAGCCCUCGACUGGAGCAGCUGUUCUCCGGAUCUCUGGGAGCGGCGUCCUCUCUGAAGGACAGCGCCUUGUUGGUUUCAGCUCACCACGCAUCCACGCUGCAGCAGCUGCAGAGCAAAGAGCAGCAAGUCAACAACGCUUUGGCGAAGUUUAAAGCGACCCAGGUCACUGAGAACGUGUUGGAGGACCUGGAGGCCAGACUGGCCGCUCUGAGGAAGGACGUCGUAGACUUGACCACGACGGAGAGGGCAGUAGAACAGGCACAGAGCCUGUGUCUGCAGAUUGAGCAAACCCAACAAGCGUCUGAUCCAGAAGAACUACAAACAUGGAGUCAGCUCUCCUCCAGGGCGCGCGAGGAGUACGGCACGUUGCAUUGCAUUUUGGGAUGCAUGAAGGACAAUCAGGUGUGUUUGGAGAUGGUGGAGCGCUGGUGUGACGCCGUUCAGGAAUUGUUGUUUCGGGACACCACAGGUUUGGGAGAUGGAGAGAAUUUCCAUGAAGAGCUGAGCAGGUGCAAGGAGUAUGUGAAUGAGAUGGAGUCAGUGGAGCGUUCGCUGAAGCAAAUGGAAGAAAACGUGAAAGCUGUGCAGGCGAUUGCAGUACCAGGACUGGCCAAGUGGGGGCAGGAUAGGCUGGACGAUUGUCAGGAAAGGUGGGCGGAGCUUAGCGCACAGCUUCUCAGUCAUCAGGAACAUAUUGCAGAGAGUCAGGAGAAGCAGGUCAACCUGAAGAAAGAUCUAGGAGAGAUGCAGGAGUGGAUGGCUCAAGUCGAUGAGGAGUUUCUGAUGAGGGAUUUCGAGUACAAGAGUCCCGAGGACCUGGAGGCGUCUCUGGAGGAGAUGAAGAGGGCUAAAGAGGAUGUGCUACAGAAAGAAGUGAAAGUGAAGAUCCUGAAGGACAACAUCAACACACUGGUGUCCCGAACGGCGCACCCUGGUGGUGGGUUUGGACAAGAUUUGACCUUUGAGCUGGAAGGGGUCUUGGCCAAUUAUAACAAACUCUGCGACCGCCUCAAGAGCAAAUGCCACACCUUGGAGGAGGUGUGGUCCUGCUGGAUGGAGCUGCUUCAGUUUCUGGACACGGAGCAGAGCUGGCUCACCUCUCUGGAGGAAAAACUCCACGCAACUGAAAACCUACCAGAGAGCACAGAGGUUGUUAAUGAAGCUCUGGAGUCUUUGGAGGACGUGCUCCGCCACCCCGGGGACAACCGGACUCAAAUCAGGGAGCUGGGUCAGACGCUCGUAGACGGGGGCAUACUUGAUGAGCUCAUUAGCGAAAAACUCGAAGCCUUCAACUCGCGCUUUGAGCAACUCCACCAUCAGGCGGUCGACCGACAAGCGAGCCUCGAGCAGCAGCUGCAGAGACUGAAGGAGAAUCAACAGGCGCUCCAAAAUCUGCAGGAGUCUCUAAGCCAGCUGGACCAUACUCUCACCUCCUACCUUACCGAUCGCGUAGACGCCAUCCAGCUCCCCCAGGAGGCACAGUCCAUCGCUGCUGAAAUUGCAGAACUUGAAGUGACGAUGGAAGAGAUGAAGAGGAGGAAUGUGUUCAACCUGCCUCCUCCCACAGCAGAUGCCAAAACAGCUCGUGGUGGCACCAUGUUGGAUCAGCUGCAGAGGAAACUGAGAGAAAUCUCCACCAAGUACCAGCUGUUCCAGAAGCCGGCUAACUUUGAGCAGCGCAUGCUGGACUGUAAGAGGGUUCUGGAGGGGGCCAAAACCGAGCUGCACGUCCUGGAUGUGAAGGAUGUGGAGCCGGAAAGAAUCCAGACCCACCUCACUGGUUGUAUGAAAUUGUACAAGCUGCUGAGUGAGGUAAAGCUGGAGGUGGAGACGGUGAUCAAAACGGGCCGUCAGAUUGUGCAGAAACAGCAGACGGAGAAUCCUAAAGCUAUGGACGAACAGCUGACCGCUCUGAAACUUCUCUACAACAAUCUGGGGGCUCAGGUAACGGAGGGCAAGCAGGACCUGGAGAAAGCUCUGUCGCUGUCUCAGAAGUUUCAGAAGGAGAGCGCUGUUCUGCAGGAUUGGCUGACCACAAAUGAAGCCGAACUGCAGCAGAAGAACACUAGCGGAGACAUGCCGGCGGAUAUUGACGCUGAGAUCAUGUGGGCGAAUGGCCUGCUGAAGGAGUCCGAGCGCCGGAGGGGAGAGCUGUCCAGCCUGACAGAAACCAGCGCAGGCCUGCAGACUCUGGUGGAGGGCAGCGAGGCUCAGCUGGAAAACAGGCUCUCCGGUCUUGAUGAGGCUUUGGGCCGUGUUCGCACUCUGACCGAAGACUGGCUCAGUGCUGUUCUGAGUCACCAGAACGAGGUGGAGAUUUUUGAUGAGAACGUGGCUCACAUCAGCACCUGGCUCUACCAGACUCAGAUCCACCUGGACGAGGCCGAGCAGCUGGCUCCCACGGAGAAAGAAAACAUUUUAAAGAGGAUCCUGGAGGAGCUGGACGACGUCAGCCUGCGUGUGGACAACAUCAGAGACCAAGCCGUCAUCCUCAUGACCAGCAGGGGGCCCGCCUGUCGAGAAGUGGUGGAGCCCAAACUGGCUGAGCUCAACUGCAACUUCGACAAAGUCUCUCAGCACAUAAGAGCGGCUACGAUGACGACCAGUCUGGGAACUGAAGGUGUUCAAAGGGAACUUCAUACGGUUAGUCGAGCAGAAAUACGUCCACAGCUUCCUAAAUCCGUGGUCCGAACUGAAAUAAAGGAGCUUCAGGUGGAGCUUCAGGAAACUCUGCAGACUCUGCAGCAGGACCCAGUAAACCUGCCGGAUGAUGAGAAGAUGGAUGAAGAGAAAGCCAACAUGGACGAACUGCUAAAACGAGGACAAGAGCUUCUGCAGCAAACCUCAGAAGAAGAGCAGCGGGAGGAGCUGCAGGUGAUGCUGCUCCGGCUGCAGAGCCAGUAUUCUGCUCACAGGGAACUGAAGAUGCGGCGUUUCAUGCAGAUGGAAGGGCCUUCGUCUUCUCACUUUGAAGAGAAAACAUUAGAAGUUUCUGCUCAGGAGAUGUCCGCAGCAGGGCUCAGCAGCUCGCUAUCUCUGACGCCCUCAGACUACCUGCUGGAGAUCAAUAAAGUCCUCCUUGGCAUGGCGGACAACGAGUUGCUCCUGAACUCCUCGGAGCUGAGCGGAGGCCUUUAUGAAGACUUCCCCAGCCAGGAGGAUACACUCAAAACUAUCCAGGAGAGUCUGGAGAAUCUGGGCGAUCAGGUCACGGCGAUCCACGAGCGGCAGCCCGACGCCAUCCAGGAGGCUUCUCAUACCGAGGCGACACAGAUCGGGGACGCUCUGGCACAGCUCGACGCCGAGUGGGACCGACUCAAUCGCAUGUACAGUCGGCGCAAAGGGAGCUUUGACCGGGCUGUAGAGGAGUGGGGACGCUUUCACUGCGACUUAAAGGAGUUUUCUCAGUGGCUGACGGAUGCAGAGACUCUUCUAUCUGAAGGCCCCGAUGGACAGCUAGACCUGGAAUCUGCCCGGCAACAGCAAGCGGAGUUGGAGGACGGCCUCGCCAGCCAUCAGGCGGUUCUUUCCGGGCUGAACCGCACCGGCAAGCAGAUAAUUGGGAACCUUUCACCUCCUGAUGGAUCGCUGCUUGAAGACAAGUUAGAAACUGUGGGGCAGCGGUGGAGAGCGGUGCAGCAGCGAUUGUCCGACAGGCAGCGCAGACUUCCUGGAGGAGAUCCAGCUCUGGCAGACCUGGUGAGGAGGCGCGAGGCGCUGGCUGUGUGGCUGGAGCAGGCCGAAAACGCCGUCGCCUCCCUGCCCGUCUCUGCCACCGACCGCAACCUCAAAGAGCUCAAGGCCCUCGCUGAGGAAAUGGAUGCACAGAAUGAGCAGCUGGGCUGGGUGAACAAACACGCUUCUCAGAUCCUGGCCAGUCCCGGUUUGAGCCCUCCAAUCAGAGAGCAGCAUUUGGGAAAACUGCGAUCCAUCAAUCUGAAGUGGAGCGAGGUGACCAAUGAGUUGCUCAACAAGGUGGGGGAGGUGGAGUCCAACCUGCAGAGCCACGCCCAGUUUCAGGAGCGGGUCAGCCGGCUGUCAGAUUGGGUCGUCAUAACAAACCAAACGAUUGCCUCUCGGGGCCUAAAUUCAGUCCAAGCGCAGGAUCUGGAGACUUCUAUGAAGGACAGGAAGAAGGACCUCGAGGAGCUGCUGGCUCAUUCCAUUGAUCUGCAGAGACAGCAGCAGCUGCUGCCUUUGGAAAAGGGUAAGGUGGAGCACCUCGCCUCUGCCUGGAAAACGCUGGACGGCCAGCUCAGAGAGUCCCUCCAGCCGCCCGUCUCUCCCUGGACGCAUCAGCAGUACGCUGUUCAGAUGGUCAGCUUGACCAGCGAGGACGCCCAUUUCCGAACCCGGGACGUGCCGGAUGCGGUGCGCCCCACCGACCUCAACCAGAGAGCCACAGAACUGGCCGACUGGCUGCUCCUCGUCACCCAAAUGCUCAAGUCGAACAUCGUGACUGUGGGGGACACCAACGAGAUCAGGACGGUUAUCGGACGCCUUCAGGUGACAAAAGUGGAUCUGGAGCAGCGACACUCCCAGCUGGAGGACAUCUUCACUUUGGCUCAGAACAUCAAAAACAAAACCUCUGAUGUGGACAUUCGCACUUCCAUCACGGAGAAAUUGGAGAGAGUGCGCAGCCAGUGGGACAGCACUCAGCAUGCCGUGGAGGCUCGCCUCCUGCAGCUGGACGACAUGACGGUCCACAGUAACCAGUGGGAGGAGCAAAGGAAGGAGGUGACGGCUCUGGUUGGGCACACCGACGGACAUUUCCAGAACCUCCUGCAGAGGUCCAGAGAUCCUCUGACCAAACAGUUUGAGGACAGUAAGGAGUUUUUACAAACUUUGGGUCGAGGUCAGGCGAAGGUGGCAGCCUUCAACGAGCUUUCCAACCAGCUUUUACAAGAAUACUCGUCUGACGACACCAGGAGGGUCAAAGAAGUCUCCGAAAAACUCUGCCUUGCCUGGAAGACCAUCAGCAGCAGGGCGAGUGAGCGUCACGGUGAGCUCGACAGCCAGCUCAAAGAAGUGCAGGUCUCCCUGAAGGACGUGGAGUCCUUCCUCCGAUGGCUCCAGGAGGCGGAGACGACCGUGAGCGUCCUUGCCGACGCCUCUCGUAAGGAGGACCUGACUCAGGACUCCGCCCACACGAAGCAGCUGAGGCGAGAGCUGGAGGACAUCCAGGCGGAGAUCGACUCUCACAAUGACAUUUUCAAGAGUGUGGAGGGGAACAAGUCGAAGAUGGUCAAAGCGCUGGGGAGUUCGGAGGAGGCCGUGUUCCUCCAACACAGGCUGGAUGACAUGAACCAGCGCUGGAGCGACCUGAAGGCCAAAUCGGCCAACAUCCGGGCGCACCUGGAGGCGAGCGCCGAGCGCUGGUCGCAUCUUUUGAGCCUCCUGGAGGAGCUGUGGAGGUGGAUCUGCAUGAAGGAUGAGGAGCUGGCCAAGCAGAUGCCCAUUGGAGGAGAUGUGCCCACCCUGCUGCAACAGCAGAACCACUGCACGGCGCUGUGCUCCGAACUGAAGGAACGUGAGCAACUGGUAAUCAACGCUUUGGACCAGGCCAGGAUGUUUCUGGCAGACCAACCCAUUGAGGGACCCGGAGAACCCUGCAAGAACUUUCAGCCAAAGACAGACCCCACCCCAGAGGAAAAGGCCAAAGGUUUGGCCCGGGCGAUCCGUAAGCAGACCGCGGAGGUGAAGGAGCGAUGGGCGCGCCUGAAGGGCCACGUAGGCGGCUGGCAGAGUCAGGUGGAGAAAGCUCUGGAGCGUCUUCAGGAUCUGCAGAGCUCCAUGGACCAGCUGGACCUGCGGCUGACCCGGGCGGAGGAGGCCAAAGCGUCCUGGCAGCCUGUGGGCGAUCUGCUCAUCGACUCGCUGCAGGACCACAUCGAUAACACAAUAGCCUUCAGAGAUGAGGUGGCCCCUCUGCGUCAGGAUGUUCGGAUAGUCAACGAACUCUCUGCGGAGCUCACGCCUCUGGACAUCCAGCUGUCCUCCACCGCCUCCAGACAGCUGGACCAACUCAACAUGAGAUGGAAACUUCUGCAGGUGGCAGUGGAGGACAGACUGAAGCUCCUGCAGGAGGCGCACAGAGACUUCGGCCCCUCCUCCCAGCAUUUCCUCUCCACAUCUGUGCAGCUCCCCUGGCAACGUGCCGUCUCUCAGAAUAAGGUUCCCUAUUACAUCAAUCAUCAGACGCAGACGACCUGCUGGGAUCAUCCAAAGAUGACAGAGCUCUACCAGUCACUAGCGGACUUAAACAAUGUGAGGUUUUCUGCAUACCGAACAGCCAUGAAGAUUCGCAGACUACAGAAAGCACUGUGCUUGGACCUUCUGGAUAUCGGCGUCGCCCAGAACACUUUCGAGCAGCACAAACUCACCAACAACAGUCAGCCUCUGUCUGUCCCAGACGUCAUCAACUGCCUGACGUCUGUCUACGACGGCCUGGAGCAGGAACACAAAGAUCUGGUUAACGUCCCCCUCUGCGUCGACAUGUGUCUCAACUGGCUGCUCAACGUUUACGACACCGGACGCAGUGGGAAGAUCCGCACUCUCUCCAUGAAGAUCGGCCUGCUCUCCCUCUCCAAGGGACACUUGGAGGAGAAAUACAAACAUCUCUUCAGCCAGGUAGCGUCAGCAGGCGGUACGUGUGACCAGCGGCAGCUGGGACUGCUGCUGCAUGAAGCCAUCCAGAUCCCGAGGCAGCUGGGGGAGGUGGCUGCGUUCGGAGGAUCCAACAUCGAACCCAGCGUCCGCAGCUGCUUCCAGCAUGUAAACAAUAAAGUGGAGAUAGACCCUCGACAGUUUGUUGACUGGAUGCACCUGGAGCCUCAGUCCAUGGUUUGGCUUCCUGUCCUGCACCGAGUGGCUGCAGCGGAGACCGCGAAGCAUCAGGCCAAGUGCAACAUCUGCAAGGAGUGUCCUAUCGUGGGUUUCAGGUAUCGCAGUCUGAAGCAUUUCAACUACGACGUGUGUCAGAGCUGCUUCUUUUCUGGGCGCACCGCCAAAGGCCACAAGCUCAACCACCCCAUGGUUGAGUACUGCACACCGACGACGUCAGGCGAAGACAUGCGAGAUUUCACCAAAGUACUGAAGAACAAAUUCCGAUCGAAGAAGUAUUUCACCAAACAUCCGAGGCUCGGAUAUCUGCCAGUCCAGACGGUGUUGGAGGGAGACAACAUGGAAACCCCCGUCACCCUCAUCAGCAUGUGCCCGGAGCAGUAUGAGCUGUCCCAGUCACCCCAGCUCUCUCAUGACGACACCCACUCCCGGAUAGAGCAGUACGCCAGCAGGUUGGCGCAGAUGGAACGCUCCAACGGGUCCCUGCCGACUGACAGCAGCUCAGCGACGGGAAGCAUGGAUGACGAGCACGCCCUCAUCAUCCAGUACUGCCAGACUCUGGGAGGGGAAGGCUCCCCGAGCAGCCAGCCCCAGAGUCCCGCCCAGAUCCUUCAGGCCGUGGAGAAGGAGGAACGAGGGGAGCUGGAGAAGAUCAUCGCUCGUCUGGAGGAGGAGCAGAGGACGCUGCAGAGGGAAUACGAGCUGCUAAAGGAGCAGCACGGCCAGCGAGGGGUCCAGUCCGGAAGCCCGUCAGAGGCUUCCUCGGCCCUCCCCGACGAGGCCGAUCUUCUAGCUGAAGCCAAACUGCUGCGGCAGCACAAAGGUCGGCUGGAGGACCGCAUGCACAUCCUGGAAAACCACAACAAGCAGCUGGAGAAUCAGCUGCACCGCCUCCGACAACUGCUGCACCAGCCGGAGGUGGACUCGCGGGUGAACGGAGCCUCCUCUCCUGCUGUGCAAGAUCGAGGACCACUUACAGAAAACUCAGAUGAGCUGCUGGACCCCCACAAUAGCAGCUCUGACCUGGCAGAUGUAUUGGAACAGAUUAACAGCUCCUUCCCCGCAUGCAGUCCCUUGAGUCUCUCAUCAAGACCACAGGUGAUGUAAGGACUGAAGUAUUCACGCAUGAGUUCAACACCAUUCCCACACCAACCAUCCCAUCUCCCGAAAUCCCAAAGAUGCACCGGAGCGGACAGCUAAUCCACUUUAACCACCUCGUCUAUGCAAACUGUACAUUUUUACCGGUUGUUGGCGGAUCUUGUUUAAAUAAAUGUGAGAUUUAAAGUAAAUUAUCCAGAAAGAAAGGAUCAGAAAUGGGAAUCAAACUGUUACACUAUUGUCCCGUCAUUCCACUGCUGUGUUCCAUCGAAUUCCCUUCUAUGUAUCCAUGGAAGCACACACACUAUUCCUGGGAGACUUAAAUCUGCCCCGUAGCACGUCAGGUUCCCCUUUAAAGCGUUCGAUGCCGGCUGAUUGUUUAAGGAAAACUUUACCCUUUCUGUGCCUAUACAGUUUGUCAUUCCAUGUGGGGAAAACUAUAAGCAGACGUUUUUGGAAAAUCUAGAUUUAAAUCGGAAGGUGUCUUGAAUCUGGGUUUGUACGAGUUGUCAUAUGUAGAAUAGCUGGUGUGUUUAUUCUUAUUUUCUUUUUGGAGAACUGUACGUUGAGAAAUCAGAGGAAAGCCAUGAUUGCCUUGCUACCUCAGACUCAGACACAGUUUUGUUCUCGUGGUUCUUGUUAACAGUCGUGAUCACUUACAGUUCUAGCUUACUGUGUUGGUGUACACUGCGGCGAGGAUUUACCAAGUAUAUAAUAAAAAAAGAAGUCAUCACUGUACCACAAUGUGGACUCCCCCUCCCUGAAAGAUCACUCUGGUUGGUUUGUUUUAUGUUUUUGCUCCCACUGGCCUUCUAGCACUGGUCCCUCACUGUGUUGUGUUGUUGUGCUCUAUGCUAUUCUGUAAAACCGUGAGGCUGAACAACACUACUAUCUGAACCAACACAAUCAUGACCAACCUUACCAUGGCAGGACUGUGUCGCCCCUCCUGAGGUGUGUAAAAUAGAUCCACCACACUACAUGUAAUAUGGCUACGUUGUUUUAUUCAAAAUAAAAUUUUUAUAUCAAGAA